GGAAGGAGGGGAGGAGCCUCUGGUGGAGGUCGGGAACUGGGGGGCAGGCGGCAACAUUGUUUCAAGUUUUACAAAUUGACCAGAGCGAGAGAUACACUGCGUUCCAUCGCGACCUGGGGCCAAGGUGCUGGGCCCUGUUUCCCCCUCCUUGGCCCCGAGAGUCGGGGCCCGCUUUCUGCAGGGUUCCCCGGCCCCCGCUCCAGGGCCAGGCUGACCCGACUCGCUUGCGCUUCAUGGAGAACUUCCAAAAGGUGGAAAAGAUCGGAGAGGGCACGUACGGAGUUGUGUACAAGGCCAGAAACAAGUUGACUGGAGAAGUGGUAGCGCUUAAGAAAAUCCGCCUGGACACUGAGACUGAGGGUGUACCCAGUACUGCCAUCCGAGAAAUCUCUCUGCUUAAGGAGCUUAACCACCCUAAUAUUGUCAAGCUGCUGGAUGUCAUCCACACAGAAAAUAAACUCUACCUGGUUUUUGAAUUUCUACACCAAGAUCUCAAGAAAUUCAUGGAUGCCUCUGCUCUCACUGGCAUUCCUCUUCCCCUCAUCAAGAGCUAUCUAUUCCAGCUGCUCCAGGGCCUAGCUUUCUGCCAUUCUCAUCGGGUCCUGCACCGAGAUCUUAAGCCUCAGAAUCUGCUUAUCAACGCAGAGGGGGCUAUCAAGCUAGCAGACUUUGGACUAGCCAGAGCCUUUGGAGUCCCUGUUCGUACUUACACCCAUGAGGUGGUGACCCUGUGGUACCGAGCACCAGAAAUCCUCCUGGGCUGCAAAUACUACUCCACAGCCGUGGACAUCUGGAGCCUGGGCUGCAUCUUUGCUGAGAUGCACCUAGUGUGUACCCAGCACCAUGCUAGGUGCUGUGGGGAACACAGAAGAAAUGGAAGACACAGUCUCUGCCCGCUGUGCUCCUAUCUAGAAGUGGCUGCAUCACAAGGAGGGGGGAUGACCGCAGUGUCUACCCCACACCCCGUGACCCGCAGGGCCCUAUUCCCUGGUGAUUCUGAGAUUGACCAACUCUUCCGGAUCUUUCGGACUCUGGGGACCCCAGAUGAGGUGGUUUGGCCAGGAGUUACUUCUAUGCCUGAUUAUAAGCCAAGUUUCCCCAAGUGGGCCCGGCAAGAUUUUAGUAAAGUUGUACCUCCCCUGGAUGAAGAUGGACGGAGCUUGUUAUCGAUAUGGGAGGAGGGAAGUGAGAACUCUGCCUUGGGUAGAAGAAGUUGUGGUUUCCUGAUUUCUGGGAACACCUGCUGCCCAUAUAUAGUCCACUAUCACAUCAUUGAAGUCAGCAUACAUCUCUUCCUCCAGCAAAUGCUUCACUAUGACCCCAACAAGCGGAUUUCGGCAAAGGCAGCUCUGACUCACCCUUUCUUCCAGGAUGUGACCAAGCCAGUGCCCCACCUUCGGCUCUGAUGUCCUUCUCUAAACCCCCACACCCAAUCUCACCCUCUCCUCCAUGGUGGGCUUGACCUGGCUUGGCUCUGGGCUGUUUGAACUCAGGUUGGCCCUCUGAUCUCAUCUGGCUGCCUUAAACACUCACUUUCCCUUCUUGGCCAAUCCAACUCUGGGAAUACAGAAGUGGAAGGGAGGAAUAGGUGAAAAUGAAAGAAAAUUUUAGUAUUAGAUGCACUUAAGUCAGACUUCACCACGCUCUCCCCCUCCUCUUAAGUCACUGCUGAGGAGGGCUGGUAUUAAAAAACAAAACAAAACAAAGCUGAGUAUUCUCCCCCCACAUUGGGUUUGCAAUCCUAAUCUCUGAAUGCCCCAUAAUUAUUAUUUCCUGUGUUUGGGGAUGUCAGGGACUCCAAGCCUCCUGCUGCCACUGUUUUUGUAAAGGCCAACUGAUAGCAGGGGUCUAAGUUGGAAUUUUUGAGAACCAAGCAAAAUAAAAUGUGGAGGGUCUGUUUUAAAGAAUUAGGUUUAAAAAAUAGAUCAAAUCGGUUUAUACCUUAGUUUUAAUGUUUCACCUCACCUAAUAGGCUGGCAGACUCAAGACUCAGCCCCAGUGGGGCUGCAGAAGAAAUGAUUGCCCCCGUCCCCUUGUAUGUCCCUCCUACGGGCAAAAGGAGUUGGGGAGGCUAUGGGACAGGGACUGUGCUUCACUCCAAUCUAUUGCUUCACCUCAGCCUUAUGAGGCAGGUGAGAGAUGUUUGAAUUUUUCUCUUCCUUUUAGGAUUCUUAGUUCUUCAGUUGCCAGGGAUCCUUGCUCCCAUCUUCCUCUGAAGGCCACCCCCUCCCUACCCCAUAGGAGUGGAAGUUAGGGUUUAGGCAUUUUGAGAAUGCUGACAUUUUUCAGGCCUGUGACUGAGUGGGACAUUGGGAAAAAUAUUUCUUUAAAAGAAGGAUGAACAAUUAUAUUUAUAUUUCAGGUUAUAGUGAUUUUUUUUUUUUUUGUUAGAGUGGGUGGAUUUGUUGCCAUGUACACCAUGGGGUUUUGUAACACAAAUGCUAAAAAAAAAAAGUAUUUUUUUCCUUUUAUGAUUUUGUCUCUCUCUCCCACCCCUGUCCUUGAGUGCUCUUGCUAUUAACAUUAUUUGUAAUUUAGUUUGUAAUUCAUUAAAACAGUGUUCCUAGUU